AUGCCCACAGAUGAUAUCACACCCCUCUCCGUUGAGACCGUCAACCGAAUGAUUAGCUUCGCCCUUAACUCUGCCCGCCUCAAGGAAAAGCUCAUGGACACCACGCACCUCAUCACGGAAAUCAACAUUCAAUAUGCUCGUGCCAUGAACGGUAUCAUCUUCGACCGCCGGAUCUCUCAAGGUGCGGUGGAGGGAUGUUCCGUGCUGAGCCCAGAUCGCCCCGACGAUUGUGCCAGCCCGGCAGAAGACAUCAAUCCGCCACCCCAAAAUGUUGGCGGAACUGUGCCCAUGCCACCCUACGACUUUUUGGAGCAGUUCAGUGAGUUUUCUUUCACCACGCUAUUGACCAAGGGGGAAGUCAUAGCAGCCACAGUGAAGAUGCGUGCCGAAUGCCACAAGGUGCUGAAGAUGAGCCUCUUCAACACGCACUUCUCCAAGGCCACCAAGCCCGAUGAGUUCGACCAGAGCCAGGUCCAGGCCGGCGAGCAGGUGAGCAACUACCUCAAGGACACGUGGAGCACGGGAGUGCGCAACGCCAUACGCAACUCCUUCAAGGACAUCGGCAAGGGGUGGUUCCACCUGCAGGAAACCAACCGUGAGACGUACGAGUUCAGCAAGCUGCGGCGCUUCAACACGCUCACGAGGUUCGUCAUGGAGGACACGCUGCGCUACCUUCUGGAGGGCCUGCGCAAGUUCCGGGAAUUUCUCAAAAGCUGCACCGCCUACAAGGUGGCCGUCAAUGGCAGCAAUGACGUCGAGGUUUGCUAUUAUGAUGGAGAUUCUGUCACCCUGAGGCGGUACCCCCUAUUCCUGGUGGAGCUGGUUGUGACCAAGGAGGAGCAAUUUGCAUACAGCAGCGACCCGGAGGAGAUUCCCGGCAAGAUGGUGUCCGUGGUGGACCAUGCCAUAUCUUGCGUAGGCUGUCUGAGGCCAUUUGUUCGUCCGGUCGCCAAGGGCAUACCUCAACUUGAGCCCUCCAUAAUGGACAAGAUGUUUUGGGCUCACAUCCCGCUUCUCAACACACCCCACCCAAUGGAGCCCCACAUCGUUGGCAUCAGGGAUGAAAUCCGGGGUAUGUGGGAAGCCCCGGUGAGGAUAGCCCAGGAUUACCUCCGGCAUUUCGAGCAUUUUCUCCCCUUCGUUUCUCUGGACAUUGACGCGUACGUGGAGGAUUUGAAGACGAGGGGCCUAGAAUUGUCCUUAGAGGAGCUGACGGCAGAAAUCGACACCGGCAUGAGGAACCUCGAAGCCCUUCAGAGCGGGAUGCCCGUCACUAUGAACUUGGGCUGGCUGUCCGUAAAUUUUUCAAAGGUUCGCGACCAGCUUGUCGGCAAACUCGAGAGUCUGGUGUCGAAGUUGAAGGCGCUUCUGUCGGCAAUACCGAUGAAUCUGAUGGAGUCCGUGAGUGCCCAGUACGUCGAAAUUGAAAAGGCGUUGGCCGUGAGCAGAGAGACAAUCGAAGACGUAGACAGACAGAGGAUGUAUAUAGCCAAUCUACCAAACAAGAUAAAAGACAUCGCUGCAGAAAUUGAGGGUGCCCAGCCUUGGUACGACGCUCUGAAGUCUUAUCACUUCCUGCUUCCCAACGACGUCGCGAAGAAGAAGCUGAAGGCCGAAUCCUGGCAUCUGGAUGUCAGCCGUCUUGCCGAGGAGGCAGAACAAGCAAUGGUGGACGAGGAGAACAAGUACCAGACGGAAAUGCUUGCCGAGCAAGAGGGAUUCGCAGAGUCGCUGAAUGAUAUAUCCAAUAUGGUUGCGAAAUUCGAGGGAUUCGUGGACCUCGGAAAUUUGGAUUACGUCGUGAAAGAGGCGAAGCUCAUUCAGGAGAAGCUGAAGCAGGCUGACAAGGACUCCGAGGUCUUCAAUGCCCGGGAGGCAAUCUUUGGACUUCCCACAACGGACUACAGUCGCAUCAAGAAGAUAUCGGAUACCUUCGACCCGUUUCUGCAAUUCUGGUCCUGUGCGUCUACGUGGAAGGUGUGA